AGGUAACUAAGACCAUCUUCGCCAUCCUGCUGGCCUUCAUCAUUACAUGGACACCGUACAAUGUCAUGGUGCUGAUUUCCACCUUCUGUCAGUCCUGUGUUCCUGACACGGUGUGGGCCAUCGGCUACUGGCUGUGUUAUGUCAACUCCACCAUCAACCCAGCUUGUUAUGCACUCUGCAAUGCCACAUUCAAGAAGACGUUCAAAAACCUGCUGCUGUGCCAGUAUAAAAACAUAGGUACGAGAUGAGAGGAGAGGACAGAGGAAGACUGAGGGUGGGCUGGGAAGGGAAGACAUGAGCCACCUAAAAACAGGAAACACAAGGGAGGUGGGGGGGAGGAACGCUGUCCUAAAGGUAAGUGGAACAAGACUGAAGGAAAGGGAGAGCAGAAACAAACAUGUCUCCUACAGGUGCAGUGGAUAUGCAACUCUUUAUUCUCCCAGGACUUAUCGGAUCAGUUUGAGGUGGACCAGCAUCAUGUGGGCACAGUUCAAACAUGUAUGGAAGACUUUCUGGUGAUUAAUUAACUUUUGUUGAAUCCUCCUUCAGUCCCAGUUCUGACUGAACAGAAACCAUGCCACCAUUGUGAACAGUGGUGUGGGUAAUUGGCCUCUGGCUGAGCUGUGACAGGCUUCCCUUCCACUCAGAUUGUUAUCUACGGUUCAGRACCAUUAAAAAGUUCUUCAUCUUCCUGCAGCUGAUCAGACUGAGCCUGAAGUUGGAAAAAAAGAGGGAAGAAAUGGGAAAAUGGGACACGAUGGACGAGGGUAAAACUAAGGCCUUUGACUCUGGUGUGAGAUGCUAUGAGCUCCAGGAAUCUGGUAGUUUUCUGCUUGUGUUUAUCGUGGUGUGCAUUUUUUAUGUAURCUCAUCAACUCAGCUCUGUGACUACCGACAUCAUGUGAAAGACGUUUCAGGUGUCAGUGAUGUGAAAAUGAGGUUUGGACUGGGACAGAUACAGUCGUUCAGCAGUCAUGAGAGAGUGGAUGCCGUGGACUCAGGAAAGAAGGAAGUUACCUCACUGAGGGGUUAGUUUUUGUUUCCUGUGCCCCGGCAGACAUGUAACUCUGAAUCCUCCCUGUCUCUACUAAAAGGUCAAACUCAUUUCUGUAAGACCUGAGCAGACAGCAGGUCUGUGGUGGCUGUAAAGCAGCAGUAUGAUCAUGGAUUAAUUCAGUGUAUUUGUUGUUGUGGCACCUCAGACGCUCAGGUCAUAGGAACCCUGAGAGAGUUAAGAAAAGCUCCAGACUCUUUGCUUAGCUCUUGAAGAUGUUUCACCUCAUAUCUGAAAGGUUUUCUCUCUUAUUGACAAAAACAUUUUGUUUCUCUUGUGUUUGGAUGAGAGGUGAAGAUUCACAGCUUGAAUGAAUAGAGGAUACUCUUGAAGGCAGAAGAAAAGAAGCUGCAGUCCGUUCUGGUACUUCAGCAGGUCUGUGCAGGAGGAGUGGGAGUAGUCUGUGGUUAAAAACAGAGCUUCAGAUAGUAAGAGUGUGUUCUGUUGAGGAAACACUGUGUUAUCUGAACAGUCCUGUGAUGACUGCACCUCUCAGGUCUUUAAGGGUGCUUCAGAUCAAGGUUAGAGCAACUUGAGGACCUUAAAGGGAUCGAUUCUGGUCUGAAAGGCACACUCAGGUGCCUUCCUUUCGCUGCCUCUGCUCUUUGAUUCACAUGAAACAGAGAGCAGCUCCAACACUGAGCCGAUGAGAGGGAGGAGCUUCUUUGUUGCUGACAGGGAAGUUGUGCCAACAGAUGGUUGCAGACUGUCGAAGAAACGAAGAAGGUUCCCGUUCCCAAGGGAGACRAGGAAGGACGAAUGAUUCCAGCUGCUAAACACUCAGCUGCCCUCGUAGAGUGAACUUAUGUAACCAACAUAUAUACAGGUGAAGACACAACCAUGAGGGUGGAAUAAACAGAAUCAUUCAGGGACAGAGGAUCACACAGCUUUAAUUAAACAGGACAAGAUGAGCGUCCAGCGGAUAAUAAUAAUAAUAAUUUCAUUGUAGUUACCAGACAAACCAGAACAAGGAGUCCUCUGGGGUCCACACAGGACCCUCCAAAGGUUUGUGGGUCCAUCUGUAGUCAGGAUGYUUGAGAACUGAGAACAAAAAUGACAUUUAAAGCUCUGAACUCUGUUACAGAUUUAGUUCUUUGAAAAACAGUCACAUUUUACAGGAUGUGUAUGAACUGACUCUCUGAGCCUCYGUUGUUCAGAAACAAUGGGCCUCAUGCAAGAACAUGUUCGUAUUCUUCUCCUAAAUUUCUCUUACUUUUGUUCGUA